GGCGCGCGGUCACAUGAUGUUUGUGACACAUGGAAAGACUGUCGCUUAUUUUCACAUUUAUGAAAGGGGAAGUAAAGCGGGAGUGUGUACUCGUCAUCGGGUCGAUUGUUGUUGAUCUGUUUGUGUGUUAAAGACGACUGUUGAUGCUGAUGAUGAACAGAGAUGAAGAAGAGGAGGAGGAGGAGGAGGUGUCGUCUUCACACAGAGCAUGUGAUGUGAUUGAGGAGACAGCAGCGCUGCAGGACAUCAUGUGUGUGGAUGAACAGACUGUAGAGCGACUGACAGACGGAUUCUUACAUCACUAUCUACCAGAACUACAGACCUCCAAACAAACCCUACAGGAACUGACUCAAAAUCAAGUGAUCCUGUUGGAUACGCUGGAGCAGGAGGUCACAAAGUUUCGCGAGUGCAACACAAUGGUUGAUCUGAAUGCUCUGUUCACAGAAGCAAAACUUUAUCACAACAAACUGGUGAAUAUUCGCAAAGAAAUGAUGUUCCUGCAUGACAAGACCACCAAACUGAAGAAGCGAGCGUUGAAGGUACAGCAACACAAACAGAAGAAUGAGCUGGAGAGAGAGCAACAGAGAGAGAGAGACCUCGAGAGAGAGAGACGCCUCGUCGCCAAACCUGCCAAGCGUGUUGAUACCUGAUGUUUACACCGCCCACCGAUACAUAACUCCUCCCCCAAUCCUCCAUCCUAAGAGCAAAGGGGUUAUAGAGAAGACGUGAAGAACUUCUAACAUUGAGAAGGGUUAAAGCACACAGAACCAAACAGAGUUGUGUUUGUGUUUCCUCCAGAGAUCAUCAUCUUCAUCAUCUUCUUGUAUUUGAGUUGAGAUGAUGUUAUUCUUCAGUCACAUUAUAAACUAGAAUCUCUUUCUCUUUUGAUUUAGGGCUUCAUGUAAGAACCACCUGUUGACAAAUAUUAAUCCAUGUUGCAUGACAUCAUUGUGUAUGAAACGUUAAUUUAAAUACUAGAUUAUCUCUUUAUAUAUGAAUGUAUGCACUGACACAAUUCUACACAGCGCUGGUGUCAUUGUUUAAUAUUUAAAUAAAUAUAUAAAGUUAUAA